AUGGCGGCCAACAGGCAGGGCAAGAUGCAAAACCUCAUCAACUACCAGAUGAGAGUGACGCUCAACGAUGGCCGACAAAUGACCGGACAAAUGCUCGCGUUCGAUAAGCACAUGAAUCUCGUCCUCGCCGAUACAGAAGAGUUCCGUCGCGUCAAGCGGAAAUCCAAGCCCGCGGCUGGCCCGAACAACGCUCCGCUCGUCGAGGCUGAAGAGAAGCGCACUCUUGGACUUACGAUCGUGCGCGGUACCCACGUUGUUUCCUGCUCCGUCGACGGUCCUCCCCCAGCCGAUCCCUCUUCGCGACUCGGAACAAGUGUGCCUGGUGCUGCGGCGGCGGCCGCUACUCUGGCGGCUGGCCCGGGUAUCAGCAAGCCCGCUGGACGGGGCCUUCCGAUAGGUCUUGGAGGUCCUGCUGCUGGUGUUGGCGCUGGGGCUCCCCCGCCUGGUGGUUUUGGUUUCCCUCCGGCUGGUUUCCCUGGUGGCCCGCCGCCUGGAUUCGCUGGACGUGGAGGUCCUCCGGGAGGUCCCCCUGGCUUUGCCCCGCCUCCGGGAUUCGCUCCACAGGGUGCUCCUCCGGGUGCUUUCCAACCGCCUCCGGGCUUCCAGCCUCCAGGACAAGGACGAGGAUUCCCUCCACCGGGGUUCGGACGGUGA